AUGGAAGCACGAAGAAGACGAACGAAAGUGACCGUCGUGACCGGAAUGCUCGAUGCCGGGAAAACAACCUUCAUACGAAACGCGUUGUUGUUCGAGAGCGGUCGAAAAAAGAGCGAAGGUUUGGACGAAAAAAGAAGCAAAAAAGAAAAGAUUGCGAUACUGGUGAACGAGUUCGGGAGUUUAGGCAUCGACGGCGCGGUUUUAGAAGCAGCAGCGGCGAAGAAAGGAGGAGGAGAUGAUGAUGAAGAUUCCAGCAUCUACGUGAAGGAAAUCCCGGGCGGGUGCGUGUGCUGCGCGGCGAGCGGGUCGAUGCCGUUCCUCGUCGCCAUCAAACACGUGUUAGAAAAAGUGAAACCGGAUAGAUUAGUGAUAGAGCCGAGCGGGUUGGCACACCCGAGCGGGUUGUACGAUUUGUUUACGAAGAAUGAACAUUUGAAAGAACACGUCGAUUUGAGAGGGAUGGUGUGCGUCGUCGACGCGAGGGCGGUCGGGUGUUCUUCUUUGUCGGUUGGAAAAGAGGAGGAGGAGGAAGCGAAACGCGUGCGAGAGAGCGAUAUGUUUCGGGACCAAGUGUCAAUGAGCGAAGUUUUGGUCGGAUCGAAAUUGGAUUUGUGCUCGGGAGAAAAAGGAGGAAAAGGAGGAGACGAAGAAGAAGAAGAAGCGGAAAGCUUUGCGAGACGCAGGUUUCGAGAGUGGGCGGCGAGUUUGUAUCCCGAGAAGCGCGUGGUUAAAUUUGCGAUGGAUUUGUUCGACGAGAACGUCGAGACCUCGCCAUUUGUGGCGAUUGAUCGAGAAGCGACGUCGUCGCACGAUUCGCAAAAUUCGUCGUUAAAAUCGUCAUCGUUAGAAAAAGAAGUUAAAGGCAUCUCGCGGCCUUUUCAACUUCUCGCGUUGACGCCGCCGGUUGAACCCGGCGCGAAACCGCACCUCUCGACGCACGAUACCGAGGAUUACUCGAGUCGAGGAUUUUUGUUCCACCCAGACGAUAUCUUUCGUCGCGAUAAAGUGCUCGAGUUUUUUCAAAGCCGGUGCGCGCCUCAGACAAAAAACGAAGACGAACAGAAUGAAGCUUUCCGUCUCGUUCGCGCGAAAGCUGUCGUUCGCGUCUCCGACAAAACCUGGGUCAUCCCGUCCUUUGAAGAAUGCGAAUCCAAACCGAAUGUCAUUUUAGAAGAAGUAGCCUACCGAAAGGAUAGCAGAUUCGAAAUCAUAGCUUCGAAAACAAAAGCCGAAUGGUCGAAAGAGGCUGAAAAAGAAUUUUGGGCCGACGUGGAGACGCGGAUCCUUCUCUGUCGUCGUUGUUGA